AUGGCGCUUGAAAUAGACGAAAAGGUACGGGCUGCUGAGCACUCCCAUCCAGGAGGUGCCGAUGCCACUAGUCGUCCUUUACCAGAGCUGUUAACUAGCAUCUCCAAUCCUCUUUUAAUCGAGGGUUAUCCUGUUUUCGGACGUUCGCAAUCAACAACCACUGUCAGCACUUUAAUACAACGUUUAGUGCGAGAGAGCAUGGAUUGUACGAGCGACCCUUCUUCUGUUAAAUGUGUUUUUCAGGUUGGCCGUUUGGUUGGUAUCACGCAGAACCGAAACAUAGUUCUGCCAGUAGAGACAGAAACUGUUUUGGAGAAUGAUGAUUCCAAAGUGACAUUCAUUCCAGAGGUUUCUGCGAAGUUCAUUGAUACUUUAUACAUGGACAUUUUCACCAGCCAAGCUGGUGAUGCUAGACUUGUAGCUUCCUCUGAUCACGUGGAGGUGGAGGUGGUAUCAUCGUCAAACAUUGACCAUCGCAAACCUGGUGACGAUUUGGAGGGGUUUCAUCACAUUCGUAUUUAUCGAGUGCCAUAUGAUACGGAAGAAGGACUUCGGAUAUCGGAGAUAGAGUGCUGGGAGCAAACCGUGUUAAAUAGUUUAGUGGUCUACAGACCACAAUCGCAAUACCAUUAUCGCAUUCAAACGUCGUCAAGUGUCGUGAAAUCAACGACCGAUGGCUCUGAAACUUUGGGUUCGGCGUUAAAGCUCUCAUUUCGUUAUAUGCGCAACUACAAGACGGUCCCAGUCGGUAGCGAGAAGCUUGUAAAGUUUGAGCUCAACGUUGUUGAUCAUUGGGAUAUCGUGGUCAAUGAAGAGAUAUCAGGGCUAUCUAUUAAGAGCCUAGUUGAAUGUUUCACUUCAUGUCUCGUUAGUAAGCUUUCUGACAUGUCGGCAGUUACUUUUUUCGACCUUGAGGUUGUCGAGGAGAGUCGUCGGCAUUACAUCCAAUUGUCCUUCCGUGGGUCUCAGUUGGUGAAGCAGUUUCAGAGAAUGAUUAAUUACAAGCGGAACAGGUUCGGAUACAUACUGUCGAUGGUGCGCAGCAACCUGAGCAUGAUCCUUGAUAUAUUCGAUAGUUCCUCCGUGGACACUGAAACUGUGGCUGACUUUUACCCGAACCGUUUCGGAGAUACAGCAGAAGCUGUGCAACUUCACUACGAUACACGGAAGUUGGUUCGUCAGAAAGGGUCGGCCAUAGAGGCACUUCGUCGAAAUAAUAAUCUCGUGAAGCGUGUGUUAAUUGCUUGUAACGUCCGCCGUAAAGCAUCUGUAUUGGAUCUUGCUUGUGGUCAUUGUCAAGAUUUGGACAAAUACGCUACUGUGGGUAUAAGCCAAUUGAUGGGCAUCGAUAUUUCUCUUUCCGAGAUAAUGGAAGCGCGUCGUCGUUUCUCUGAGCAGUCUAGUAGCCGACGUUUCAGGUUCAAGGCUGAGUUUCACCACGGUAAUCUGUUGGAAGAGAAGGUAUACAGUAGUUAUAUUCGUAAGAGGAAGUUUGAUGUUGUGUCUAUGCAGCUUGCCAUCCACUAUAUUAUAUCCGACGAGGCCAGUGCAACUAUGUUGUUGCGCAAUAUAUAUCAAGCGCUUGGUGACAAAGGGAUCUUCAUCGGUAGCACCGUAUGUUGCAGUGCCAUUGCGUCCGGUUUAGCUGCCAAGCCACCGUACCAAUCGACAGAUGAAUCAGGUUUGCGUUGGGAUUUCGGCAAUUCCAUAUUCAGAGUCACAGUCGAUCCGUCAUCAAUGGACAAACUGAUUUCAGAGGAUACGGGUCAAGCGUUGCCACACGAUGUGCUGUCGUCUAUCUUGGAGAGUCGAUGGGGGAUCAAGUACCACUUUUUUUUGAUGGAAUCAAUCGAUGCUAGUGAGUACGUGGUACCUUGGAAGUCAUUUUCCGAGCUUUGCAGUCGUUUAGGAUUUCGUCUUCUUGAGACGUUCACAUUUCCGGAGUACAUGGAGAAAGCGCCGUUUAUCCUGACCAAGUUGAGUGGUAGACUUCCUGCGAACGUGGUGGAAAACGUGCAGCGUCAUCUUAAGGUGAUGUCCAACGCUACUAUGUCUAAAGAGCAACAAGAGGCGUUCAUGUUAUAUCGCGUGUUCGUAUUUGAGAAGAUAACUGGCCGAGAUAAGCUUUAUAUGCAAGGGGUGAAGAUACGUCGUACUAUGUGA